AUGCGAUGCGCGAGCAAGGCCGCCGAGAGCGCGUCUGCACGUCUCUGUGCGGACGCCGAAGCAGAAACAACAGCAACUGAUGUCUCAUCGGUUGCUAAAGCGACCCAGCCUGUGUCACUUGGUGAUGCAGACAUCGAUGGUCGUGACGCUUGGAACGAAAAACUUAUCAAAGCUCGUGAUGAGUUUGAAAAGCGAACCCCGAAAGGUGCACGCAAUAAGCUGCAUCGUCUGUCAAGGAAGAAGGGAUUACCCUGCCUCUCUUGGGGAGACUGGUGCCCGUGUUGUGUGAACAACUCUGCACGAGCACCUAAGGAGGCUUACCUCCUUACCAGCCCGUGGUGGCGCGUACGUAUCUCUAGUGAGAUGCACGAAGGGAUUGGCAACCUGAAAUCCCUUUAUGACCGUGCCGGGAAGAAGUUCUCCGGCGGUCCUUCUGCGGCACAGGAUGUGCAGCGUCGUACUGCUCAUCCAGACCCAGUACGUCAACCAUCAGUUGGAGGCGUGGUGCCCAAGUAUCCCAGGACGGGGGAUAGCCUCGCCACCGGACGAGAUAACUCGUCCGACGUCCGUUCACGUCGCGGUGGUUCAACAGCUGCUCAACUAGAUAGCGCUGGCCACCGCAAGAGUCCUCUAAUCUUCUUUGAUCGCGUAACGCAAGGGUUACGCGACGAUCUCGAACAUGAGCGGAAUAGGCGUCUCCAAAUGGUGGACACUGCCUCGAAGCAUCGAGCUGAGUUUGCCUUUGCUCAGCUUGAGAACGAGAGAUCUCUGACAUCUCUUCAUGACGAGCUAAGGGUAGCUCGUGGGAUUGUUGAUCGGUCUCGGGAUGAGAUAACUGCUCUUCAGACCCUUGUCGAUGCCCACCAUCGGGAGCACAAGGCUCUCUGCGAGAUGCUUGAGCGCAAGGGCGUUCUUCAUCGGAAGAAGCAGCGUACGGAUGGUACGGCUUAA